UGUCACAAGGUGACGAUCUUUUGGGCGGAACCAAAAGUCGGGAAACUUUGGUUCCGCCCGGAUGUUUCCGCCCAGACCGGGAAGAGGAAACACCGGACAUCCGGUAGCAUCGCGAGGGCUGUAAUCAGCGAAAUCAAGCGCAGCUGUGCGUGUUUAAGAGGAACGCCGGUUGAUUGGAGGAUCACAGCACACAGAGGAGUAUUUAAGAGCAGUGUAAAUCACAGUUUGGGGUGCGUAGUGUGUGAGUUGAGGUGCGGAGCUGUGCUCGUCCGUUACACAUUGGCAGUUGGUUGUACUUUCUCUCUCUCUCUCUCGUAGUUCUCAGUGGAUGCUACAGUAAGAGGAAACCCUGUGGGUAGAAGAAAACAUCGGUAAUUGUGACACGUUUGGAGUAACUAAGGAGGAAGGAAACGAAACAGUUUGUAAACUAUUUACCGAGGGGACCGCUGUGAGUAUUGGCUCUGGAUUUAACCGAAGUGUAACUACUAACCUGUGUAUUAUUGAACGCCUCCAGGAAGAGGAAGGCGGCCCUACCCCUGAUCUAGCGCGGUAGGUGAGCCGCAGGAAUAAGUGGAUUCAGUAGCCAUAGCAGCAGAACUAAAAACUCCGGCCGUAGUGCCAUCGCCCCCAUCUGACCCCAGCGAAGUGGAGGACGUCGGGCGUCUCGUGUGUACACUUGUAGUGUGGUGGGUGAGUCCAUGUAAUUUGAAAACCUUUCACGUUGAAGUGGUGCUGUGUAUUUGCCGUGGGUUGCUGUGCAAGUGCUGUGUGUCUUGUCAGACGUACCCCGCAUCAACCCUUCUACUGAGGAAGAGACGGAGAGGCUGACGGUCGUGAGUAACAUCAUUUAUUGUACGCUGUGUGCGAUGCGAGUGUAAAGUGACGGUGUGGGCUUUGGAAGUCGCCCCCGUCUGUGUGUCGACAGUUUCAGAGUGUGGCGGUGAAAACUUGGAAGCUGGCAGUGCGUGUGUGAGUACAACCACGAGCCUGUAUAUUGCUACUUUACCUGUGUGUUCUACCUUGUGGCAGAGUGAGAGGCGAAGGAGUUCCGCCGCCCCGUGGUCUCUACAAAGGGGCGCCCCUGUCCGGUAUUCGAUCGGCCUACGGGCAUUGAGGAUAGGGCAGCGCUCGGCCCGGUGAGACGGUGUGACGGUUCGCCCCCUGCUGAUCAGCGCAUUCGCCGAGAGGGUUUUUGCCCCCGGCGCCCCCCCUGGGAAAACCAUCGCCGUUCGCCUUUCUGUACAGAAAGGCCAGCUGUCGUAAGCCCGCCCCCGUGCAUUGUCGACCAGAACGUCAGUAGAACGAACUGUGGACAGUUAUACAUACCCUGAGCUGUAAACAGCAGAGAGGUGAGAAGUAUCCAAGUUGCACUAACUGUGUUGUUGUGUCCAAGCUGCCUGUAAAGGAAGAGAGAACGAGAGUGAACGUCAGUAGAACGAACUGUGGACAGUUAUACAGACCCCGAGCUGUAAACAGCAGAGAGGUGAGAAGUAUCAAAGUUGCACUAACUGUGUUGUUGUGUCCAAGCUGCCUGUAAAGGAAGAGAGAACGAGAGUGAACGUCAGUAGAACGAACUGUGGACAGUUAUACAUGCCCCGAGCUGUAAACAGCAGAGAGGUGAGAAGUAUUCAAGUUGCACUAACUGUGCUGUUGUGUCCAAGCUGCCUGUAAAGGAAGAGAGAACGAGAGUGAACGUCAGUAGAACGAACUGUGGACAGUUAUACAUGCCCGAGCUGUAAACAGCAGAGAGGUGAGCAGUAUCCAAGUUGCACUAACUGUGUUGUUGUGUCCAAGCUGCCUGUAAAGGAAGAGAGAACGAGAGUGAACGUCAGUAGAACAAACUGUGGACAGUUAUACAUACCCUGAGCUGUAAACAGCAGAGAGGUGAGGAGUAUCCAAGUUGCACUAACUGUGUUGUUGUGUCCAAGCUGCCUGUAAAGGAAGAGAGAACGAGAGUGAACGUCAGUAGAACGAACUGUGGACAGUUAUACAUGCCCCGAGCUGUAAGCAGCAGAGAGGUGAGAAGUAUCCAAGUUGCAUUAACUGUGUUGUUGUGUCCAAGCUGCCUGGAAAAGAGAGAGAACGAGAGUGAACUUCAGGAGAGUGACCUGUGGAAAAACCAUACUUACCAAGAGCUAUAAGCAAGCAGACAGGUGAGGACGAUCCAAGUCCAAACUAAACGAGUCUUCGUGUCCCAGUCGUAGCCUGUGGAAAGAAACAUAAAGUGGAGUGAGCAGUGAAGUAUCUGCCCAACGUGACACAGGUACCGCAGUUAAAGAGAGAGAUAAACCCCAAGUUCACACUAUUUUGUCUUUUGCCUCCAGGAGAGAAGAGGAGGGCGCCACGGAUAGCGGAGUUGGCAGGAGCCUGUGUUCCCCGUCCCCUCCCCCUUAUAUCUUGGUCACCAGCCCCUGGAACCCCCGUUGCCCUCUUCCCCUUUCUGCCACCUUCCCGUGCUGUGGUCUGCCUGGAAGGCAGAGAGGAAGCUAGUUUUAAUUGCCCCUUUCCCAUUCCCCAAGUUAUUUUAAAUAUUUAAAUAAAGUUUGUUUUAAUACUUACCUGCUCUCGUGUUGUCUGGUCAUUGGGUUGGCUUUGGGGACCUCCUCGAGGUGGAAGUUGAGAAGGGGCGUGGCUUUAGUAUUUAACAGCCAGCCCCUAGCCGUGACAAGAGUUCUCACUUCAAGCGUUCUGUACAUCAGAGCGAGUUGCCAUGCUGAUGCUUACUGGGACUUUGGCAUUUUUACUUGGAAGACAGAACUUCCUUUUCUAUAUCCGCUAUAUUGAAUAUUCCCAACAGUCUCUUUCGUUUUUUGUAUGAAAAAAUCUGUCUCCAUACUCUACUGUACUGUUUCGGGUAGUUUAGUGUUGGUCUUUUUUUGAAGAGGUGCUGCCUUCCACACCCACUUGGGUGUAAUGCCAUUGACUGACCUUCACCAGUAGUUCCUCUUUGUUAAAACAAUGACAUUUGUUCCUCAUAUUUGGUAAAUUCUACCAAGUCAAGCUCAUAUUUCUAUGACAGAUAAAGAUAAGAGCAUUAAGAUGAAUUACUUUUCUUUAAGUGCUUUUAUCAUGAUGUUUAUUUCUGUAGGUGCUGGAGAAUCAUGCACACAAAUUACUGAGAAUCUGAAUUACUCGUGUAUGGGAAGAAACCUCAGCUAUAUACCAGCCAGUAUACCCUCCUCUGUUCAAACACUUGAUUUCAGUUUUAAUGUCUUGAGAUACUUACAGAAGACUGUAUUCCCGCUUUUCUCCUUUCUGCAAGUACUUGAUCUUUCAAGAUGCAACAUCAUACACAUUGAAAACGAUUCUUUUGACAAUGUGAAGAAUUUGACAGCUUUGAUUCUCACUGGGAACCCUGUUACAUAUUAUGGACUUGAAUGCUUUAAUAUCUUACAUAAUCUACAGCGACUGGUUCUUGUGGAUGUCGGUCUCACUUCCCUACAGUUUCAUAUGAACAAUCUGACCAAACUACAGGAACUUAACGUUGGGACAAAUAACCUUCAGUCCAUGACUCUCCCUCCAUAUAUGAGCAGUUUUACAGACUUCACUGUGUAUGAUCUACAUGCUAAUAAUAUAUCCAUCAUAAAAUCUGAUCACACCACUGUACUGCGAGAGAUUGGCAGGAACAUGACUUUAAUACUCGGUAGGAAUCCUUUAUUAUACAUUGAACCAGGAGCUUUCAAAGACAUUUAUCUGAGAGAGCUGGACAUACGAUCUGCUUUUGUUUCAAUGAAUGCACAGAAAUUUGGUCUAAAAGCUCUUUAUGGACUUCAUGUCAAGACACUGAUGUUUGGAAAAUACAAAGGUAAACGCAUGUUUUAUUCAGUGGAUACAGACUUUUUAGAUGGCUUGUGCUCUAUACAUUUUCAGGAGAUAUAUUAUUACCUAAAAGCAAGGCCCAGUGAUCAAAUUAAUAUGUUUCGGUGUAUGUUUAAUGCUACAAAGGUAGUGGUCAAAGGAGGCAAUUUUUAUAAUUUCCCAUAUCUGCAAUUUCAUGACAUUAAGGAGUUUUACUUGAUGUCUAAUCUAUUGGAGACUUUACCAGGUAGCAGACUUUCACAUCUUCACUCUUUAGAAAAACUAGUAAUAACAAACAGUGCAACUACCCGAACAGAAGACUUUAAAGAUUUGCCUAAACUUCAGUAUAUGGAUCUGAGCUCUAAUGAUAUUGCUGUAAGAGAAUGCUGCUCUGGAUUUUUGUCAGGGAUUCCUCAAAUCAAAUACUUAAAUUUGAGUAGAAAUUCAGAAAUAGAUUUUACAGCAGGAGCAUUUGAUGGUCUUGAUUCCCUUGAGAUUCUGGAUUUACACCAUACAAAGGUUGGAGGUGUGGAAUUCUUUUCAGGUUUAUCUUACUUAAAGAAUUUAAGUUACCUGGAUUUUUCUUAUUCAAGCAUCAGAUUUGCUAACAUAUACUGCUUUUUUGGGCUGAUGAGUCUGAAUGUUCUUAAGAUAGCUGGUAAUAGUUUUCACAGUGAUGUGUCAAGAUAUUUAUUUAAUAAUCUUACACAUUUAGAGUAUCUUGAUAUGUCGUAUUGCCACAUUGACAAAUUACAUCCAAGCUCUUUCAAAGACCUUCGAAGGCUUAAGAUUUUAAAUCUCAGUGGAAACAAGUUAAUCACUAUAGAUUUUCUGACCAACACAAAUCUGAAGAAAUUAAAAUCAGUUUACCUAAAUCAAAACAGCAUUACUAGUAUCUCACUUGAUGUUCUCCAGAAGUUGCCCACAAAUCUUUCAUUGUUUGGUUUGUCCUUUAACCCCUUCGAUUGCUCCUGCUCUCACACAGAUUUUAUUUUGUGGAUCAUCAAUCAUCAGCAGAUGUUGGAUCAGCCACAUAACAUGUUAUGUAAAACCUCUUCACAGAGCUCAGAUUUUACAGUAACUGAUUUUGACAUUGACAGCUGUGUGCACAGAACCAAACUCACAAUUGUUGUAUUGAUAUGUUUUGUGUUGGUAUUGGCUGUUUUAUCAGUCCUGGUUUAUAGGUUUCAGUUUUAUCUGAAAUACUCAUGUGUACUACUGAGAGGUUACAGAUCAGCCAGACAACAAGAAUUUGCCUAUGAUGCAUUUGUGAUUUUUUCAAGCUAUGAUGAAAUGUGGGUCAUGAAUGAACUGAUGGAAAAUCUGGAGAAUGGAGUUCCACCUAUUCAGCUUUGCCUUCACAUGCGGGACUUUGAAGCCGGAAAAUCCAUCGCCUCCAACAUUAUUGAUGAAGGAAUAAUGGGUAGCCGUAAAGUCAUCGUGGUUGUGUCUCAACACUUCAUUAACAGUGAUUGGUGUCGCUUUGAGUUUGAAAUAGCUCAGUCCUGGUUUGUGAUGGAACGCAAUGCCAACAUCAUCAUCAUCAUUCUGGAAGAUGUGGAGGAGAGGAAGACUAAGAAAGUGUUUGGUCUUCAUAAACAUCUAAAAAAGAAUACAUACCUGAGGUGGAGUAGAGACCCGCUGAGUAAAAUGAGAUUCUGGAUUCGACUUCGGAAAGCGAUUAUUGCCACAAAAUAAUUAAUUGAAUCUAAUAAAUGUAGUUUGAUCAAUUAUGUUACUUUAUUUUAUAUAAGAAUUAACAGAGGAUGUUUAACAGGGGUCAAGCACAAAUGGGGUGUGUGUUUUGUUGCUCAUAACUUCCACAAUUUUGUCCAAAUAUCAGACAAUUUGAUUUCCAUCAUUGCUGUCAUUUUGGAUUUUGUCCAAAAACAACUUUUGCGAACAAGGCUCGAUUGACCAAAACCAGUGCUGAAAUAUUCUUUGGAGUUUGAUUAUAAAUCAUUAUUUAAAAAGUUGAACUUUCGACUCACCAUCAAAACGCAACACCCAAACAUUUAAUGGGGCAGAGCCUCUUUGACUUAAUUGACUAUAACUAAGGACAGGAAUGAGAAAUCAACACCAAACUUGGUACACAUCAGGCUUGUGCACAAUUCAGAAUUGAAUUGAGAAUGACUCCUUAAUUCCAAUUCAAUUCUUGAAUUUGAAUGGAAUUUGAAUUGAUGUCAAAAACAGGAUCUAGAAUUACAAUUCGAAUUUGAAUUAAAGGAAGCAGAAUUGCAAUUCAAUAGAAAUUCAAAGAAAUUCAUAUACAUAUUAAGCAGUAAGUGAAGUGUUAAAAAUGAAGCUUUCAGUAUAUGUCAGAUAUGUUUGCAUUACAUAUUCUAUAAAUUAUAUUCGUUUGAACUACUUGUACAGAUUACAUUAACAGGAAAUGUUUUCCCCAGGAAUUAAUGUUAAAAACUCUAGUCACAUAAUAAAUAAUUAAGUUUGAUUUUUUUUGUAAUUGUAAUUUUGUGGAACACAAAAUUACAUGACUUCAUUUUCCAGAAUGCUUAACUUUAACCAAAUAUUUAAAAUGGUUUACAAACAAUUUUCCAAAGUAACUUUCCUAACACUGAAUGUAUGUGAGAUUCUUUCUGUUGUGUGACUGUGGAUUUUGUUUUUGAAUUGCCAUGAAUUUAAUUCCACUUCCUGUCAUUCCAAUUCAACUUCCUGUAGGGCGGAGUCAAUUCAAAUUCCAAUUCAUGAAUUGAAUGGAGGCCAAUUCUGAAAUUCUGAAUUGUGCACAAGCCUGGUACACGUGUAUGGGCCCAAUGUGAGAUCACAUGCAAAAAAUUUCGUUGCUUGACCAGUAGUUGGCACUAUAAUACAAUAUCAUACGAAAAUAUAUGUAGAAAUGUUGUACCGAUUGACUUGAAACUUGGCAACUCUAGUCCUUGUACAAGAUACCGUCAAUGGUUAAAAGGACUUUCACAUAGCUCAAAAACAUGGCUGCCAUUGACCAUGAAAUUUAUGCAGCUAUUAGACAAGGUUUAACGGAGGCCGAUCAGAAAAAAACUUGAUGGGACUGUUUAACUCUUGAUCCCGAAGGUCUUUGGAAAGGUUGAACAAAAAUCGUCCACCAGGGGCGCUAUCACGUUUUUUUUCAGUGUUUAAGUGAUUGUGUAUUUUGCUGUGUUUCAGAUAUAAACAAACACUCAUAGCAUUUGAUAGAUCUCAUAAUUCUGAACAACUUUUCCUCAAGAACCACUGGUCUCAGUCAAAUCAUUUCUUUGAUAUAUGUUGUUUUUCGGGCGAUCGGAACCAAUCUAGUGCAGAAACAUUCUUUAGACACUGAAUAUCGAUAGUUUAAAAAAAUCUUGAACAUUCGACUUGUCAUAACAACACCAAGCCCAAAUGUUUGAAGUGGUGUGGCCACUUUUACUUAAAUGGCUGUAAUAUAUGAUAGGAAUAAAAUAUUAACACCAAACUUGGUGUACUUAUGUAUUGACCCAGUCUGAGGGAAUGUAAGAUUGAAAAUAUAGGAAUGUAUUACUCCGUCACAACCUCCAUUUCCAUCCUGUACCAUCUGCAUUCCUGUGCUCAUUGACUUUAGGUAGAGUCGUUUAUCCAGUACAGUGGGGGUUAAAUGUGAUCUUCUGAUUGGUCAGUUUGAAUGUAUCAUGUUAGUUUUAGUCACAUGUUCAAGGGAUAGAGGAUAAAGGACAAGAUUUUUUAUCUUUGCAUUAGAAUACCUUAAAGACAUAGUGGUGGGCUCUUUUGACCCAUGUUAACAUUAUUGUAACAUUUUGUGUCCCGAAUGUGUCCCACCACUUAACAUUUUCUUCUAGUUACAUGUUAGUGUUCCAAAGUUUAAGUAUAUUUGCUAACAAUGCAGAAUAUCUACACAGGCAUGCUCUUAAGGUCUUACAAACACUUGCAGCUGUAUUUUCAUGUUGUCUUCAGUCUGUAUUCAGGCAAACUCUUAAAAAUUAUUUGUUUGUUGUAAAUACUUCAAACAAAGGGCUUUGUGCACAUCUAAAUGAUGCGUUUCAAAAUGAAUAACUUGAAUAAACAAAACAGAGAAGUGAGAGUUGGAUGCACUCUUGUAAAAGACAAUAGAGUAUAAACAGAUCUGUGUUAAACGCUGUAGUGAAAUAGAUGUUAUAGAAAAUCGAUUUAGUUUUUCUGUAAUUUGUUUUAUUGUUUAAUCACUCUUUUGGCAUAUAAUCAACCCUUAAGUUGCAUUUCAUUUGUAAAGUAAAUAAUUAAAGAAACUGAUGUGAUGGUUACAUGCAAGUACACAACUGCUUACCCUUAAAUAGCAAAUGAAAAAGUUCCUAAAAUGAUCAUCUGAUCCUGGGUGCCAUGUCUUUGCGAUUGUUUUAUAUACUCCGGUAUUUUUGAGUUGUUCUCUAUUUAAAUAAAUGUAAACCCAAUAGAAAACAUUUUAGGUUGUCAUGUUUUGUUUUUUGUAUCAUUGUCACUCAAAGUGACUGUAUCAAAGUUGAAAUUGUUUGCUUAACACAAUGAAGCUUUAUUUUACAAAGUGUCAUAACAAAAUUAAUAUUUGUUCGUAAAAAUAAUCUCACGACCAAUAAAUUGCUGGAUUCUUGGCUUUAACCUAAGGUACUAACUGAAAAUAAAGUAGCAUAUGUAUUUCUUUAUUCCUUAAAACACACACACACACAUGAGACAGUAGUGCCCUACACCCUUGAGAGUUCUCACUUCAAGCGUUCUGUACAUCAGAGCGAAUGGCCAUACUGAUGCUCACUGGGACUUUGGCAUUUUUACUUGGAAGACAGAACUUCCUUUUCUGUAUUGGCUAUAUUGAAUAUUCCCAACAGUCUCUUUCAUUUUUUGUAUGAAAACGGGGAUCUGUCUCCAUACUCUACUGUACUGUUUCUGGUG